AUGGAAGCGGCGGCGCUGUCUCGGAUCGGCCUGGCGGGGCUGGCGGUGAUGGGGCAGAACCUGGCGCUGAACGUGGCCGACAAGGGCUUCCCCAUCUCCGUCUACAAUCGGACGGCCUCGAAGGUCGACGAGACGGUGGCCCGCGCCGCCGAGGAGGGAAAUCUGCCGCUGCACGGGCACUACAACCCUAGGGAGUUCGUCCUCUCCAUCGCCAGGCCCCGCUCCGUCGUCAUCCUCGUCAAGGCCGGCGCCCCCGUGGACCAGACCAUCGCCGCUUUGUCGGAGUUCCUCGAGCCUGGGGACGCCAUCGUCGACGGUGGCAACGAGUGGUACGAGAACACCGAGCGUCGCCAGCGGGAGGCGGCUGAGCGGGGGCUCCUGUACCUCGGGAUGGGCGUCUCCGGUGGCGAGGAAGGCGCCCGGCGGGGACCUUCCCUGAUGCCGGGGGGCUCACACCAGGCGUACCUCCACAUCGAGGAAAUCUUGAAGAAGGUCGCAGCGCAGGUGGAGGACGGCCCCUGCGUGACCUUCGUCGGCCCCGGCGGCGCCGGCAACUUCGUGAAGAUGGUCCACAACGGGAUCGAGUACGGGGACAUGCAGCUCAUCUCCGAGGCCUACGACGUGCUGAAGACGGUGGGGGGGCUCUCCAACCGGGAGCUCGCCGAGAUCUUCGCGGAGUGGAAUCGCGGCGAGCUGGAGAGCUUCCUGAUCGAGAUCACCUCCGACAUCUUCCUCGUCCAGGACGACUACAGCGACGCCGAGCUGGUGGACAAGAUCCUGGACAAGACGGGGAUGAAGGGCACCGGCAAGUGGACCGUCCAGCAGGCAGCGGAGCUCUCCGUCGCCGCUCCCACCAUCGCCGCGUCCCUCGACUGCCGGUUCCUCAGCGGCCUCAAGGAGGAGCGCGAGUCCGCCGCCGCCGUCCUCGCCCACGCCGGCCUCGAGCUCAACACCGGCGGCCGGCGGGCAGUGGACAAGAAGCAGCUGAUUGACGACGUGCGGCAGGCGCUGUACGCCUCGAAGAUCUGCAGCUACGCGCAGGGGAUGAACCUCCUGCGGGCGAAGAGCGAGGAGCGGGGGUGGAACCUGGACCUCGGGGAGCUGGCGAGGAUCUGGAAGGGCGGCUGCAUCAUCCGGGCGAGGUUCCUGGACAGGAUCAAGAAGGCCUACGAGAGGAACAGGGGGCUGGCCAACCUCGUCGUGGACUCGGAAUUCGCCGGAGAGAUGGCGCAGCGGCAGGGGGCGUGGCGGCGGGUGGUGGGGCUCGCCGUGGAGGCGGGGAUCACCACGCCGGGGAUGUGUGCGAGCUUGGCCUACUUCGACACGUACCGGCGGGCGAGGCUGCCGGCGAACCUCGUGCAGGCGCAGAGGGACCUCUUCGGCGCGCACACCUACGAGCGCCUCGACCGCCCUGGUUCAUUCCACACCGAGUGGACCAAGCUCGCCCGCCGCAGCAGCGCCGCCGCCGCCGCCGCCGGGUCUUCCUUCAACUGA